AUGGCUACGAAUGCCACCACGAGUUCGUCCUCGAGGAAUCCACCACUUCGAAAUCUGCAGACAAAGGUGAAGGCGUUGAUGGAGAUGUUUAAGUCCAUAACCACUUUCGCGAGCACUCUGGGGGAGGUUUCUUCAGCCCAACAAAUCCAUGUUCGGCUGGAGAAACUCAACGAAUUGUGGGAUCGAAUCAACGACGCGCUGAUUGAGGUUGAAAUGCACGAGGAAUAUUCAUCGAAAGAGGCCACUUGUUCAAAUAUACGACAGGACUUCACCACCAAAUAUUACAACGCGAAAGCAUCCAUGUUGGAACGCAUAAAGGAGUUGGAAGUCAAUAGCAGCGUUCUGCAUUCCACCAGAAUCAUGGACUCAUCGAUUCAACCAACCAUCGAGCAUGUAAGGCUACCGCAGAUUAAGCUGCAAACGUUUGACGGCGACAUCGACCAGUGGCUAAGCUUCCGAGACCUGUAUCUAUCCCUGAUCCACACCAAGGCGGACUUACCGGAGGUUGAGAAGUUCCACUACCUCAAGGGCUGUCUCACCGGAGAAGCGAGGGCUCUCAUCGAUCCGUUGGCGCUCACAAGAGCAAAUUAUCAGGUAGCUUGGGACAUCUUAAUGGCCAGGUACAACGACAGCAAGGUGUUGAAGCGCAGGCAGAUUGGAAACCUGUUCAAAUUACCCAAGGUGACUAAGGAGUCGGCCGUGGAUAUCCAGACACUACUGGAAGGGUUCGAACGCGUCGUGCAGACCCUGGACCAGUUAGUCAAACCAGAGGAGUACAAGGACCUGCUGUUGUUGGAAAUGCUGUGCUCCAGGUUGGACCCAACAACUCGUCGAGCAUGGGAAGCACAUAGCGCUAAUCAAGAGCAGGACAAGGUAGCAGAUCUUACUCAAUUCCUCCAAACUCGUGUGAAGAUCCUUGCAUCGCUCCCGUCUAAGGCGCACGAGAAUAAACCGGAAGUUUUUCAAUGGCAGAAGAAAAACAGCGCUCCCAGAACGAGCCACAGCGCAACCCAGAUGAUGGCCGGAAGUUGCAUCGCUUGUCCAGAAUCCCAUUUGCUGUACACAUGCCCUACGUUCCUGAGGUUGAGCGCUUCCGCUCGAGACAAGCUGCUGCGACAAAACUCCCUCUGCAGAAACUGCUUUCGGCGUGGCCACCAAGCUUCGGAUUGCAGAUCGAACCAGGUUUGUCGCAGAUGCAGAGGAAAACACCAUACCCUAGUCUGCUUUCGAGACGAUGGCGGAAACACCAAUAAUCGCAUCGUACAAACCUUUACACCCGCUCAAAAUCCCAACCAAACCACACCUGCAGCCAACUCGGGGUCAGUUUCUUCAAACAUGGCCAGGAAUCAUUCGUCAACAGUGCUGCUAGCUACAGCGGUCGUCUUAGUGGAAGACGACACAGGCAAGGUUUUCCAAGCGCGGGCUCUCCUGGACUCGGGCUCGGAAUGCAAUUUCAUGACAGAGGGGCUCUGUCAACGUAUGAAGGUAUCUCGUAGGCGUUCGAACAUUUCCGUCCUUGGGAUUGGCCAAUCUAACACCAGCGUCAAACAUCAAGUGUCAGUGGUUAUUAGGUCAAGAAUGUCAAACUUUUCUCGGUCGAUGGAUUUCCUUCUACUACCAAAGGUCACAGCGGAUCUACCUACAACCAGUGUGGCGGUUUCCUCUUGGCAGUUUCCACAAGGUGUGGAGCUAGCCGACCCGGCAUUUUUUAAAUCGAAAUCCUUGGAUAUGGUGCUAGGAAUACAGCACUUUUUCUCAUUUUUCCCGAGCCAUGCUAAAAUUCCGUUAGGAGAAGGAUUACCAAUGCUGAUAGAAUCAGUAUUCGGUUGGUUGGUAACAGGAUCCGUGGAGAACCAAGGUUUUACUUCCCUUGCUUGCAAUACGGCUGCAAAGAUAGAUUUGGAUGAACUUCUCACUCGUUUUUGGUCCUGUGAAGAGAUAGGGUCUCUGAACAAUUAUUCCCCGGAAGAACAACGCUGCGAGGCGCAGUUUGUUCUAACCAAGUGCAGAAGUUCCGAUGGGCGAUACACCGUUGCGUUACCAAAGAACGAAAAAAUAUUGGCAAACAUUGGCGAGUCACGGGAGAUGGCUUUUCGUCGACUGCAAUCCCUGGAACGUAGACUGGAAAAGGAGCCAGAACUACGUAAACACUACCACGGUUUCAUGGAGGAAUACUUGGAGCUUGGACACAUGCGCAGGGCGGAUGUUUGA